AUGGGGAAUGCUCCGAGUGGCGAGAUGGAGCCCGCCAGGCUCAAAGAGGAGCUGGCGGACAUGCAUCGGUCGUUGCAAGCGCUGAGCCUUCGUUGUCGCCCUCCUCCCGCUCUCCGGCCCGGCCAAAUUUCAGUGGAUAACGUGAUAAUUAACACGCGAGAGGAUGUGAAGGUGGUUCUGGGGCCGGUGGUGGGGAAGGUGGAGUUCCAGCGAGCGCGGGUGCUGCUGGAAGUGGAUCGACGCGCUCUGGUGACGGCGCACGUGUCGACGCUGGAUACGGCCACGAACUCCAUGGUGGAGCUGCCGCAGCAUCGAGUCGCAGUGCAGUGUGAAGCCGAUCGCCCCGUGGUGUUCGUGUUGGAGAGGCUGGUGCCUGGCAAAAGUUAUACUGUCACCUUUGGAGGCAUUCGGAGCAAGGACGUCGAGUUAAAGCGCGGCACGUUUCGGACGCAGAGUUUGGAGCACGGCAGCAAGCUGAACGUCGCGGUGGUUAGUGGGGACGACGUGUUUGAUAUUGAGAGCGGGGAGGCGAACUUGUGGCAGGACGUUCGGGAGCGCGUGGAGCGAGGCGAGACGCAGAUCGUGCUGCAUUUGGGCGGACAGGUUGCGAUGCAGCGGAUGUUCGACAAGGCGGUGCAGUUGCUGUUGCUCUAUGGACAGGGAGCAUCGAGUGAUGCUGCAGCGCAGCCAGACUGGGCGCUGGUGGAGAUGAAGGCGCUGGAGGUGCUUCGCUCUGCGUACCGGUCGCAGUGGACGCUUUCGCCCCAUCUGCAGUUCGUGCUGGCGAACGCCUGCAACCUCAUGAUGUGGAGCGAUGCUGACAUCUAUCCGCGGUUCACCACGCGUGACGAGUUUUACAUCGACCACGAGCAGCCGACGCUGCGGAUGCAAGUGGUUCGAACUGUUACGCGCUGCGCCCGACGACUGUUUCACGAAUACCAGCGGCAGUUGUGGGACGAUGGUUUCAAGCAGCUCGUCGAGCGGGAGGUGGAGUUACUAGCGCUCGCGGAGACAGCGUUGGCGUCGACAGCUCAAAUCUUCGCGUUGUCUGUUCAGAUCCCGAAAACCGCGGAGGAACUGGAGCUUCAGAAGAAACGACACGAAAUUGAAGGCGCCAGACGCGUGGAGAAAAAUUUGCGAGCUUUGGAGGCGGAGAAGGCGAAGUUGGAAAAGCAGUUGGUAAGCUACAACCAAGUGCUGGCGCCGCAGCGAGGAGAAGAGUUUGUGUUUGAGGUUGGGAGCAUUUGCGUCCUCGUUCUUGACUUACGUAGUAGCAGGUUGGAGCCUGGCGGGUCUCAAGCGCGAGAGAAUGAGCUGCUGAGCAACGUGCAGUGGAGGUUCAUCGAGGAGACGCUCGCGCGCGCUAGUGUCCAGCUCCUCCUGCUGUGCUCCGAAGCUCCGCUCAUAGACGACCUCGUUCCUGACGCAAAAAGCUCCGUGGUUGACACCUCCGAGGAAAUUGAGACGGCGUGGAGCGCGAAUAAAUCGGCCCAAGCGCGCUUACUCUCUCAACUUUUCGACUGGAAGCUCCAGCAGCCCAAUCGCCAGUUCAUCGUGCUUGGUGGUGCCAACCCAGCGCGCUGCUUUGCCAGGAUGCGCGUGAAGGACACGAAGCUGAGGACGGACUCCGAGCAAUUCACAAUUGGAGCAAUUUCAGCCACACCCUAUGACUCUGUGAUACCAAGGAGGAGCGGACUGCUCCAUGGUCGAUUUGAGUUUGAACACGUUGAAGAAGUGGCCAACAAGAAGUGCUUUCUCGACUUGAGAGUGGAGAGUGGACAGGGUAACACCAUUGAGGCUUGUCGAGUAGGGAAAGACAAGCAGUUCUACAACCUUCCCAAGGUUCUGCUUGGGCCAGUGGUUGGGUGGGUGGACGAGUUCUGUGCGGUUGUGCUUCUGGAGGUCGACCGAUACGCUGACGUUGUGUGUUUGGUGAAGAACCCACUCACUCGGGAGAGCCGUCGCGUGUUCCAGCGGUUCUUCGCCGACCAAGCCAAUUCGUUCUUCAUCACGCACUUGCGCUCAGGACACUACUAUCGACUGUCGUUUGAGAAUGUCCAGCAUUCCGAACUAUUUCAAGCAAGUUUUACAACAGUGGCGAAAUCCCCGCAACAAUUCGACGACGCCGCCAAUUUGUGGCAAACGAUCCAGGAGAACACAGUCAAGAUGCCGCUUGUCGGUCUAAAUCUGGCGAUUCAUCUCGGCGGACAGUUCUUCCCUGAGUCAAACCCUCACAUCCACGAGGCGCUAUUCCGCGAGAUGUACCGAUCAGCGUGGAACACGCCUGGUAUCCGCGAGAGUCUCGCCCACGGUGCACACCUCAUCUUGACUAAUGAAAACGACCAACUCCCAGCGAACAACCAAGAGGGCGAAGACCAGCAGAACGUCAAUGUUCGCGAACUAUUGGCGAAAUUCCAUGUGCGAUACCAGAAUUUGCUGCUGCCCCCUUCCAAGCGUCUGCGUGGUGAUGAAUUUCGAUGGUGCAAACCUUUGAGUCAUUGCUUCGGAGCCUUCGGGCUGUUUGUUCUCCCGACAGAGGAACUAGAAUGCUCAUCUAUUCACGAAUCCACGUGGGGAGCUCUUCAGAUGCUGCUGGAGACGCCGGCAUUGUCAACGUUAUUGCUGGUGUCGACCGAGGCUCUCUUUGAUGAAUCUCUUGAGGACAUCAGGGAGAAGGCG